GAGUGGCUAGACAAAAACAGAACUGAUGGUGAAGACCCAUACUGUUUCCACAGAACCAUUCCAAGGGUCACAUUUGGUGUGAAUGACGAGGAGAAGACGCUCGAAUCACUGGAGUUGACUCCUAGAUCGGCUCUCUUGCUCAAGCCUUACUCCAACUACGUGACUGCAUACGGUGGAUCACAAGCAAGCUCAUCAGGGAUAUUUGGCCGUCUGCUUGGUGGGCUGUCAUCGUUCUGG